UGGCAGCUCCGUCUGGUUCCAUCCCUCGCGAGGAAAGGAGAUAAAAUUCGGAAAUUCGGAGAUUCGGAAAUCGGCCUUCCCUCGUGGGUAGCUAUAGCAACGGCAUCUAAGUUGCCCGAUGGCGAAUUUGGCUUCCUGAUCAAACCGAGUUAUUAUUAUUUGAGUUCUUAUUAUUAUAAUUUCAAUGGCUGACAGAAUAAUCCCCUCUGUGAAUUCCCUUGUGAAGUAUGACAAUGCCGUUCUUGUUACCAAACACACUGACAAGAAACUUCCCCCGAUCAAAGUUCAGCCUGGAAUCUCGGCAUCAGCAACUGCUCCUAAACCUGGUACAUCUGCAGCAGAUCUGCGAAAAGAAACUGAUGAAAUACUCAAUUCAAUUCUCCCUCCAAAAGAAUGGACCGAAGACAAUCAGCUUUGGAGACAACAGGUUUCAAGCACACCAGCUACUCGCCUGGAUGUCAUCAACCUUCAGGAACAAUUAGAUAUGCGUUUACAGCAAAGACAAGCAAGAGAAACGGGUAUUUGUCCUGUUCGCAGAGAGCUGUACACCCAAUGCUUUGAUGAGAUAAUUCGUCAAGUCACAAUUAAUUGUGCAGAAAGAGGUCUCCUCCUUCUCAGGGUUCGAGAUGAAUUAAGGAUGACUGUAGCAGCAUACCAAGCUUUGUAUGAAAGCAGUAUUGCGUUUGGGAUGAGGAAAGCAUUGCAGGCAGAACAAGGAAAGGCAGAUUUAGAAAAAGAUGUUAAAGAUUUGCGUGACGACAAAGAAAAAUUGGAUAAAAGUUUACAAGAAGAGCGGACCAAGGCAGACCAACAGGAGAGGCGUUCAAUUGAACAAAGGGCAGCUGAGGAAAAGAAGCAUAGCGAAGAGAUAACAUUUUUGAAAAAGACUAAUCAACAACUCAAGACUCAAUUGGAGGGUAUAAUAGCACCAAAGAAAUGAGAACUCUAGGGGCUACCUUUAAUUGUUGGCUCCAGUUCCUCAGCACAAGCCUUCCAUCAAGCAGAUACAAUUGUAAAGGGUGACAAAUGAGUAAGGCAAAUUAAAACAUUCCUUUUUUUGUUUA